AUGUAUGGAGCACUGGAUGGUGACUCGUUAACUAAUAUAAAGUACGUGGCCACAACAACCAUCCAAUCACGUAUCACAGAAUAUCACUUCUCACUUGAAUUCUGUGUCACCGGCCACUUCUUGUAUCAGCCAGAUUCUGAGAUUGACAUAUCGUCUUGGAAUCUGCCCACCAAUACACCUUUGGCAGAUGAAAGAUUCCAUGAAUCUCGUCUCAUCGAUCUUCUAUUAGGCGCUGAAAAGCUUUGGGAGCUAGAAGCCAUCGCUGUCUUACCUGAGAGUCUACAUCCGCAUCACCAAAUAUGUGAGGCGCUCUAUACAAAAACUACAGUUCAGGACUCCCACGGUCGCAUUAUAGUCAACCUUCCCUUUAAGGAUGAUUCCUCUCGCCUCGGAAACUCCGCUGAAGUGGCCCGUCGACGAUUCUACGAUUCUUACCUGAGAGUCUACAUCCGCAUCACCAAAUCUGACUCCCACGGUCGCAUUAUAGUCAACCAUCCCUUUAAGGAUGAUUCCUCUCGCCUUGGAAACUCCGCUGAAGUGGCUCGUCGACGAUUCUACGGAAUGGAAAGCCGCAUGCUGAAAUUUCCUGAGUUGAGAUCCGAAUAUGUCUCAUUCAUGCAGGAAUAUCAGGCGCUAGGUCACAUGUCAUUGGUGACCAAUCCAGCCCUUCACGAGUCGCGUUAUUAUAUACCCCACCACUGCGUCUUGAAGCCCUCGAGCACGUCAACCAAAUUGAGAGUGGUUUUCGACGCCUCGUGCACAACAACUACGCAACUGUCGCUUAAUGACCUACUGCUUGUGGGUUCCACUGUGCAAACGGAUCUUUAUCUGCAUCUUCUCAAAUUCAGACUGUUUCAAUAUACCAUGACAGCUAACGUGACAAAGAUGUACAGGCAAGUCCUCGUCGAUCCAAGCUUUCGAAAAUAUCAAUACAUUUUUUGGAGAAACUCCCCAGACGCAGAACUGCAGACGUUCCAGCUAAAUACCGUCACUUACGGAACCGUAUCUAGCAGUGCGCAGUUUACACUACUUGACUGA